CGCGCAGAAAGUGAAGCUGUUCAGAGCCAGCGACCCGCUGCUCAGCGUCCUCAUGUGGGGGGGUGAACCACUCGAUCAAUGAGCUGAGCCACGUCCAGAUCCCUGUAAUGCUCAUGCCGGACGAUUUCAAAGCGUACUCCAAGAUAAAGGUGGACAAUCACCUUUUUAACAAAGAGAACAUGCCGAGUCAUUUCAAAUUUAAGGAAUAUUGCCCAAUGGUUUUCCGCAACCUGAGAGAAAGGUUUGGAAUUGAUGAUCAGGAUUUUCAGAAUUCCUUGACAAGGAGCGCACCACUUCCGAACGACUCGCAGGCACGCAGUGGAGCGCGAUUCCAUACUUCCUAUGACAAAAGAUACAUCAUCAAAACAAUCACAAGUGAAGAUGUGGCUGAAAUGCAUAACAUCCUCAAGAAAUACCACCAGUACAUUGUGGAAUGCCAUGGGGUUACCCUUCUUCCUCAGUUUUUGGGCAUGUACCGGCUUAAUGUUGAUGGAGUGGAAAUAUAUGUGAUCGUGACAAGAAAUGUGUUCAGCCACCGUUUAUCUGUUUAUAGGAAAUAUGAUUUAAAGGGGUCUACUGUGGCUAGAGAAGCUAGUGACAAAGAAAAGGCCAAAGAACUGCCAACUUUAAAGGACAAUGAUUUUAUCAAUGAUGGCCAAAAGAUUUAUAUCGAUGACAACAACAAAAAGAUGUUUCUUGAGAAACUUAAAAAGGAUGUGGAGUUUCUUGCCCAGCUCAAGCUUAUGGACUACAGCUUGCUGGUUGGAAUUCAUGAUGUUGAGAGAGCAGAACAGGAAGAGGUAGAGUGUGAGGAAAAUGAUGGUGAAGAGGAAGGGGAAAGCGAUGGGACCCACCCUAUUGGAACUCCUCCAGACAGUCCAGGAAACACACUCAACAGCUCACCGCCCUUGGCUCCUGGGGAAUUUGAUCCAAACAUUGAUGUCUAUGGGAUAAAAUGCCAUGAAAAUGCACCUAGGAAAGAGGUCUAUUUUAUGGCUAUUAUUGACAUUCUUACUCAUUAUGAUGCAAAAAAGAAAGCUGCCCACGCUGCAAAAACUGUUAAACAUGGCGCUGGUGCAGAGAUCUCAACCGUGAACCCUGAACAGUAUUCAAAGCGCUUCUUGGACUUUAUCGGCCACAUUUUGACGUAACCUCCCAUAUUGCCCAGGGGAUGGACAGACAUGAGAUGCGGGAACACAGCAGAGCUGGUUUCAAUUAAGGAAGAAAAAGAAUGGAAAUGGAACUCAGUGACAUGCUCUUCUUGCAGAAAAGCAAGCCUCCUCACGUUUACCUCCUCAGGCCAAGAUGAUGGACUAGGGGGCGAUUUGCUCUAACAGCUACCUGAUAUUUCCCAGCAUAGCUCUAGCUACUUCUGACUCUUUUGUGUGUGUGCAUUUAAAAAAAAAUUAAAAUAUAAUUAAUUAAUUAAAAUAGAUUAGCUUUACUCAGAGCAGGUUGCAGUAGUGACCCUCUGAUACAGCUAGCUGUGGUGGAGUGAAUGAAUGAAUGAACAAGUGGGGGGAGGGGAGAACCAGAUGCAUGUCAUAGCAGCCACGUUGGCAUCCAACUGUAAACUGUGGAUCAGUUUAUUUUUUGCGUUGAAAGACAUGAGACAGUAUUCAUAAUAAUAAUAAUAAUAAUGAUGAUGAUGAUGAUGAUUUAAAAAAAAAACAUACCGCGAAUGUUACACUUCUAUUCCGCACGCUGGCGCACUCCUUAAUAACUGUAAAGUUAACCCCUUGGCACCAGACGGGUGGUUAGCAUUCCCCGCCUUUGCCUUUGCACUGUUUUGCCUCAAGUAUAUCAUGUCAGAACUUCCAGCGUCAAGGAGUUACUUUCUCUCUUCUAAUGGGAGGCUGAUGUUAUAGUUGCUCUGUCAGUUACAUUUUCACCUCAGUAAAUUAUGUCAAGGAAAAACUGCUUAUUCUCUUUUAUUGCCUGGAGCUUCUCCAUUGUUACACUCUUCUAUUGCAACAUAAGAAUUGAUGCUACAUGGGAAAAAAAUAGCUUUUGGGGGGGGACUGCAUAGUUUUGGGCAAUAGUAUCAUCUUCCAACUUGAGGGGAUGAGCAAAGUGAUAGAAAUCUCAAUUCUCCUGCUACGGAAGGAAAACAAAUCUGAAAUUUUAAAAUGCUUGUUUUUGACCACUGAUUAAGCAGUGGUAUUUUGUUAUAAAUUAUCCCUUUCAUGGAAACCUUCAAUUUUACUGUUUACAUUAUUAGGAAAACAGGGAUACUUUUGAAUCUAAAAUUUUAUGUACAGUAUGUGAUUUUUUUGAAGUUUACAUGUAAAGUUAUUUUGCAGCGUAGAUGAAACAAUGUUUGCAUUUCUUGAGGUGUAUCAUGCAGCAAUGUACCAGAAUGGAUACUUCUUCCAAGUCCACGAUAGAUAAGUCUUUUACAAUAAACUAAAAAAGGCCAUUCUGUUUUUGUUUCCUCUCAAAUGUUCUUUUGUCAACUGAAUGAUUCUUUUUCCGAAAUGUUUUUCCCAGAUCUGGUUGUGCAUAUUCAUUGCCUAAAACUGUGCUGAUUGCAUUUAAUCAUGUUUAAAAAUUUUUCAACAUUGAUCCUGUUUCUACCAGCUUCCCUGCAUCCUCUGAAAGGUGCCAAGCCAAAAGGAAUUAGGUUGGCUUAGAGUAUGUUAUUAACUUAUACACUGUGUUGAAGCUGUGCCUUUAAAAUUCUUUGUUUAAGUCAUGAGAUGAUUUUUUUUUGUAGGCAUUUUCAGGGGUAAAAAGAAAAAAUCACACCCUCCAAUGAUUACUUAGAAC